AUGCUAAUCGCCGUCCCAGAUCUCCAAGCAACUUACUCAAACUACAAAAACACGCUGCAGCAGAUUGCCUCAAAGAUUGGUGAUAUUGAGCAAGAGGCAGAGGAGCACAAGCUUGUGCUGGAAACUUUGGAGCCGCUUUCGGGGGAUCGAAAGUGUUUCCGUUUGAUCAACGGCGUGCUCGUGGAGAGGACAGUCAAGGAUGUGGUGCCGGCGCUGAAGACGAACCAGGAGGGACUCAAGAAGGUCCUUGAUGACCUGGUCAAGCAAUACAAGAACAAGCAGGAUGAGCUUGACAAGUGGAAGAAGAAGAAUAACGUCCAGGUAGUACAACAGUGA